AUGGUUUUGCCUCUAGACUGUAUUCACAUCACUGAGGCGUUCAUCGCGAGGUUGUUGUUUGCCACACAUGGCUGCGUUGCGGUGUGGCGUGUCGCUGUGGAGUAUGGUGAAUAUGCCUUUGUCUUCUUGUCGGGCGCCGUUGGGAUCAUUAUUGAAGGAGGAUAUGUAAUCAAACAACGCCGUGGUAUUGAAAUAUCUAAACGGUUUUGCCCAACGGUGCUGUUCUACCUAAUCAUUAUGAUACCUUGCGUUUGGCUCUUAGAGAUGGAACGACUCAAUCUCAGACAACCGUUCCUAAUGGGCAUCUUCCACGACCCUAGAUACAAUGCUACAGCCGAUACUCUUGCGAGUAUCGAUGUGCCCUUGUCCUCUGAACAUUUUCGGUUGGCCCUGGAGCAGUCGUUGCUGCUCUUGAUGAUUCUAGGCAGGUGGCUCCUUCCCAAAGGAGAGAUGUCCCGGCAACAAGUGUCACAACUCCUCCUGAACUACCUCGGAAUGGCCGCCGAUAUUGUUGAUCUUUUCGAGCUGUUCAGAGAAGAAGGGAUUAAUCGCGCGGAGGAAUUCGUCUAUUCUAUCCUUACAGUGUACAGCCUCAGUCUCUGCCAGUUCACAUUUGCUUUACCGAUAAUCACCGACGAUUCUAAUAAUGGGAAUCGACCCAAUCAGCUCCUUGGAAUGCGGAAGUAUGUUACACCAGAGGUAGCAAGUGUUUUGGUAACCUUAUUCAUUCACGACGGGCCCUUUCUCUGCGUCCGUUUGGUUGCCAUAUUCUACUAUAACGUUUACACCUAUUCAGUAGUAUUCUUCACUACGAAAAACGGACUGAUGGUGAUUCUCCAAAGUUACCGCCUGUUCGGGAUAUGUCUUCAAAGAAAUGAUGGCAUUGAUAUAAAUAAUGUCGAAGAAGGUACCUUUCAAGCAACUGAUAAGCAGUUUGAAGCAAUAACCGAUGAACGAAUUGCCCUUAAGACUAGAUCAAAUAUAUACCAAGGAAUCAAUGAAGAAGACCUUUAA